UAGAGAGGAGUUACAAAUAGAGUAGAUAGAAUAAGAGUAGCUAUAGUAAGAGAGCUAGAGAGAGUAACUGCAGUGAGAGUGAUUAAAUACCAUGGCGUCGCUCGUACUCCGAUCUUGUCUCUUACAGAAUGGUAAAUUUCUGAAACAAGAUGCAAAGGUGCUUUCUUCACUCCUCUCUCUGAAUCUAAACCCUCAAUCUCAACAAAAAAGAUCUUUGUCUCUUCAUGAGCAUCUGAGCUUUAAAUUAUUGGAAGAUGGCGGUGUAAGAGUUCCAAAUUUUCGAGUUGCUACUACUAGUGAAGAAGCUUUUAAACAUGCCAAAGAUAUUGCUUCAGAAACGGGUAAUUCCGAUGUUGUUCUCAAAGCCCAAGUACUUGCUGGAGGCAGAGGACGUGGAGAAUUUGAAAGUGGUCUCAAAGGAGGUGUUAAACUUGUUUACACUGCUGAAGAAGCACGAAAGCUGGCUGCUCAGAUGAUUGGAUCUAAACUAAUUACAAAACAGACUGGAGCAGCUGGGAGGAUCUGUAAUAGUGUAAUGGUUUGUGAGAGACUUUACUCUCGUCGAGAGUAUUAUUUUGCUAUUGCCAUGGAAAGAGCAUAUUCGGGUCCUGUGAUGGUCAGCAGUAUGCAAGGUGGGAUGGCAAUUGAAGAUGUUGCUAGGGAUAAUCCUGAUGCUAUUAUCAAAGAACCCAUUGAUAUUAAUACUGGACUAACAAAAGAACAAUGCUUAGAGAUGGCAAAAAAAUUGGGAAUGGCUGGAAAAUCUAUUGAGCAGGUUGUUGAUAUUAUGCAGAAAUUGUACAAUGUGUUUAUUAAGUAUGAUGCAACCAUGGUUGAAAUAAACCCUCUAUCAGAAGAUGCUAAUGGAGAUGUAUAUUGUAUGGACUGUAAACUAAAUUUCGAUGACAAUGCUGCCCACCGCCAAAAAGAUAUUUUUGCAUGGAAAGACUGGUCACAAGAAGAUCCACGUGAUCAUCAGGCUGCUGAUGCUGAUCUAAACUACAUUGGAUUGGAUGGCAGUAUAGGCUGUUUGGUAAAUGGUGCUGGCUUAGCAAUGGCAACAAUGGACAUAAUCAAACUUCAUGGAGGAAAUCCAGCUAAUUUCCUAGAUGUGGGAGGUGGAGCUACAGCCAAGCAAGUCACUGAAGCAUUCCGCCUCAUUACUUCAGAUCAAAAUGUUCAAGCUAUUUUGGUGAAUAUAUUUGGUGGUAUCAUGCGAUGUGAUGUUAUUGCUCAAGGUAUUAUAGCUGCAGCUGCAGAGCUGCAACUACGCAUCCCUAUUGUAGUUAGACUACAAGGAACAAGGGUAGAAGAUGCCAAAGCUUUGAUUGCUUCAAGUAACUUGAAAAUUUUGUCUUGUGAUAACUUGGAUGAAGCUGCUAAAAUGAUUGUUAGAUUGUCCACCAUUGUCGGUCUUGCCCGAGAAGCUUUUGUUGACGUUAAAUUUGAGUUGCCAUUGUGAAACUUAUAUUGUUUGUAAUUUUCCCAUUUCAACCAAAGAUGUCUUUGCUUUAUAGAUGACAAUAAUAGAUAAUGUCAAGGAGUUGAUUCUCAAUCCACCAGCUCCUAUCAAUUUCUGAAAAACAAUACAAUGGAUUAUCUACAUAAUUCUUCAUAAACUAGGUUUAUGAGAACUACACAAUAGUUGCUAUUUAUUAGCAAUACUCUUCUAUAGAAGUACCACCAAUAAUGUAAUCUUACCUCUUAAAAUCCAAAUAGUUCAUUGGAUUUUAUUUGACCAAGGCAAUAAUGAUUUAUAUACACACAUACAAAUACAUGCAUUCAGAAUACAUACAUAUAUAUAUAUAUAUAUAUAUAUAUAUAUAUAUAUAUAUACA